CCACAACCUACCGCUGCUCAUCACAUUCGUUAAUCGCUUUCCAGAGUGUCAAGACAGUAUCAGGAUGGCGCUUCAUCGCUUGUUCCACCUGUCCGCGCUGCUACGCUCUGCCGUGUCAUUGACACUUCGCAGGAACGUGGGUCUGUCCGCUGUCCUAUUUAACCGGGCAUCGGGCAUGGACCCCGUCCAGAAACUCUUCUUGGACAAGAUCCGUGACUACAACACCAAGAGCAAGGCCACUGGUGGGAUUGUUGAUGCUGGCACCAGCUAUCAGAAGAACUUGUCGGAUGAGAAGACUAAGCUCCAGAGGUUAUACGGUGCCGGUGACCUCACCAAAUUCCCAGACUUCAAGUACCAAGACCCCAAGUUUGAUGAAGUGGUCAAGUAAAUGAUGACCAUGUCGUCUGUCCUAAAUGUCACCACUAUAAUGUACUAUUUAAUAAAUGAUAAAUGGAUAUAUCAAUAA